CUGUCAAUGCUACCAAGCUUAGUAAAGAUGGUUUACCUAGAGAGCUUUUGCAUUUCUUAGAUGAACCAAAAAGAAUUACAAUCAUUCCAGUUUUAGAUGCCAUUUCGGAAGCCACACGUACAAGGCAUGCUGCUCGACAGUUUGUUAAAGAGGAUGUUAUUUCACGAAUUUUGCAAAUUAUAUUCAGUACCAGUGCAUCUAACAGUAAUAAAAUGAAUAGUGCAAUAUGCAAAAUAGGCCUUCGUAUACUUGUCCAUUUAACUCAAAUAACUGUGUUGUGUCUCAAGACCAAACUCUUCAUGGCACAAAUGCAGCAAAGAGAGCAUCAGUGCAAAAAAGUUGGAUAAAAAUUAUGCUUCAGUCAAGCUG